CUCGGUUUCAGCAAGCAGCAUGUUCUCGACGUUCGCCACGCAGACGGGCACGCGCCCGCGCUUUGACGCCAACGGCAUGAAGGCGGCCUUUGGCUACGACGCCAUGAGCCGUAGCACCUUCCUGGUCUACGUGCUCAUGGCCAUCGCGCGUAUCGAGAAAGCCAUUGGCAGCUUGGUUUCCGCGCCGAUGACGGUGACCGCCCACGCCGCCAUGAGCUCGGCGCUCCACGGCAUCAAGGGACCUCUCACCGCGGUCCCCAACGACAAGCUCGGCCGCGCCAUCUCGGCCGACGGCGGCCUCGUGGUGGUUGCGACGGUCGCGUCGCCCGACUGCUACCCGACCGACAAGGUCGCUGACCUUUCCAGCUCGGCAGGGUUCCUGCACACGUAUGUGGUGUCGGACGUGUCGAUCAAGGUGACCGACGUCACAUCGUCGGCGAACGUCACCGUGCUCGACGGCCCUCUUUGGUGCGUGUUGUUGCGUCACCUUGACACGCAGAACGUCUCGGCGGACGAGCUGCGCGAGGCCUUCAACGCCGUCGCGCGCGACUGCAAUCACUUUGUCGUCAAGGACAACUUUUUGCCCAAGGCGCCUCCGUCGAACAUUGCGGGAGCUGCGCACAAUGCGCUAAAGCGCAAGUAUGACGAGGUCGUCAAGGAGCGCGAUGCACUGGUCAAGGAGCGCAAUGCAGUGGUCGAGGAGCGCAAUGCACUGAUCAAGGAGCACGAUGCACUGAUCAAGAAGCACGAUGCACUGAUCAAGAAGCACGAUGCACUGAUCAAGGAGCACGAUGCAGUGGUCCAUGACAUGAAAGACACGACGGCGGCAUUGGCCGCAAGCCAGUGCGCGGAAGUGGCGGCCAAGAAUGCGGCUAUGCGCUACAAGGCCGAUAACGACAAGCACCGCCAGAGCCGCUUCAAUACCGACACGUAUUUUUAACAUACCACCAUCAAGGUUUCAAGCAGCGUAACAUCGUAAGAUGACUAACAACAACAUUAUUGAUUCCA